AUGGACGACGCGGACGACGGCGUGAGAGAGGCGACGUGCGCGGCGAUGGAGGUGGCGUCGGGGAAGAAACCGGGGUGCGUCGUGGAGGCGUGCGAGGUUGCGCGCGCGACGCACCGGAGCGGGACGUUCAUCGACCGCGUGGUAGCGAGGGCGAGCGGGGGGUCGAGGUAG